AUGCCACCAAAGAAAAAGAAAGGAGGAUUCACUGUUUCAGAACAAUUCACAACAGUUGAUCCGGAAAUCGAAGAUGAAAUAAUUGAAGCAUAUACAAAUUAUUUAGGAGAAGAUCAAGAAGAUUUAUUAUUAAAAGAUUUACCAAUACUACUAGAGCAACUCAAGAUACCAUUAAUAUUUCAUCAAGAUAUAGACGAAGUUAUUGAAUAUUACUAUCAAUUCUUACAUGGGAAAGACUUGGUGCUAGAACCAACUAAUUCAAAACAUUAUAUAACAUUAAAUUUAUUAAGAUCUUUUACAAUAACUCCCACUUCAGCAAAAUCAUCAAAUGAUUUAUUAGAUAUGAUUGAUUUAGAAAAUUUAAUAAAUCAAUUAAAUAAAUUGAUAAAAUUUAGAAAUAAUGAGGCACAUAUAAGAGAAAGUUGGAAAUUAUUUAUAAAUUCAUCAUCACCAGAUAAAAAUCCUGAUGAUUUCGUUCUAACAUUACCAGAUCUCAAAACAGUUAAAACACAAUUAAAUCUAGAUAAUGAUCCACAAACAAAAGCUCCAUUAAAUGAUUUAUUUUUAAUUGAUAUGUUAGGAUGUUGUAAAGAAGAUUCAAGGGGAAAUUUAAUUAAUUUUAAAUUUAAUAAAGGUGGUGCUAAUGUUGAUAUAAAAGAUUUUGCUGAAAUUUUAGGUAGAUUAGGAGAAUAUGAUUAG